AUGUCGCUGGUAAAACUGUCAGAAUCCGCGCCCGUCAGGGGCCUGCAGUCGCUCAGCGCCGUAAUUCAAUCGCCCUAUUUCUCCGGGCCUCUCCUCGCCGCGCUGCUCUAUGCGCCCGACCACCUCAAGCAGCAGGUCCUGCAGCACCUCCCGCCCAACUUCAACAUUGACGUUGCCAAAAAUGUGCUCCAGGUCCUGCUGGGCCUGGGAGUCCUGAAAACCAUCAACCAGGGCCUCAGCUCCAUGGCCGCCAACAGCUGGCGCGUGACGGCGGCCAAGGGCUGGGACUGGCCCGGUGAAAUCGCCGUCGUGACGGGCGGCUGUAGCGGAAUCGGAUAUUGCAUCGUCAAGCGUCUGGUAGCCCGUAGAGUCAAGGUCGCCAUCCUAGAUGUCCAAGACCCACCAAAGGACUUUGCCGCCGACCCUCUCGUUCGCUUCUACAAGUGUGAUAUCACGUCUCCCGACUCCGUGGCCAAGGCCGCCGACGCCAUCCGGAAGGACCUGGGCCACCCGUCCAUCCUGGUCAACAACGCCGGCAUUACGAGGCCCCUGCCCAUCCUCGAGAUGCCCCAGGACUUUUUGCACAAGAUCUUUGACGUCAACUGCCUGUCGCACUGGACCCUAGUGCAGCAGUUCCUCCCGCACAUGAUCAAAGUCAACAAGGGCCACAUCAUGACCGUGGCCAGCAUGGCCUCCUUCAUCGCCCUGCCCAGGGGUGCCGACUACUCGGCCACCAAGGCCGCUGCCCUGUCAUUCCACGAGUCGCUGGCCAUUGAGCUGAAGCACGUCUACAAGGCGGACAGCGUCCUGACCUCGGUUGCCCACCCCAACUUUGUACGGACGCCCCUGGUGCAGGACUUUGGCCACCAUCUCGAGGAGGGCGGCAUCCGCAUGCUCACCCCCGACGGCGUCGCCAGCGUCAUCACCGACCAGAUCUUCAGGAAGCGAGGUGCUCAGCUCAUUAUCCCGGACAAGCAGUCUUCCCUUACCGGCAUCCGCGGCUGGCCCACCUGGCUCAAGGUCAUUCUGCUCGACCAGCUCGGCUCCAGCUCCAGCAAGGUCGGGUCUUGA